GGGCCAGGGUUUGAACCCAAGUUCUUAAGUUUCCUCCUUGAAGCACUCAUCGCAGUUCUAAUUCAGUUAAUAUUUAUAUGAUUGCCUCCUCGCUGCACUGUAGGCUCCAUGCUGGCAGGGACCAUGCCUGUCUUCUUCAUGCUAUAUCCCCAACACCUGGCUCACAGUAGGUGCUCAGUUAAUAUUUGUCCACAAGAUCAUGUUGCCUCCAGUGGGCUGGGCCCUGGGUGGCCUGAUGAGCCCAGGGUGGAUUAUCAGAUUAUCAGAUUGCUGACUGAGAGGGUAUCUGCCCCAGCAGAGCUCCAGAGGCAGAGGGAGGGCAGGAUUUUCCCCCUGGGCCCAGGCCCAGGCCCAGGCUGACGAGGGGCCCCAAAGAGCUUGUUUGUUGGUUGUGCUUGUGUCUCACUGCUGUCCUUUGCUUCCAUGUGCCACUGUGGCGAUGGCUCCACGGCUUCUCCCUGACUGGCUGCGUGACCACAAUGGCUGCUUCUGGCAACAUCAUGACAACAGAGAAGAGUUUAGUGGUUGAGGCUGAAAAUUCACAGCACCAACAACAGAAGGAAGACGGUGAGGGAGCUACAAACUCAGGCCAACAAGAAACUCAGCUGGAAGAGGCCUCUCAAGCAGCAGCUGAGGGAGAUAAUCGAUGUGAGCAGAAGCUGAAAACAUCUAAUGGAGACACUCCCACACAUGAGGACUUGACCAAGAACAAGGAGCGGACAUCAGAAAACAGGGGCCUGUCACGGCUGUUCUCCUCAUUUCUGAAAAGGCCUAAAUCUCAGGUCUCUGAGGACGACAGCAAAGAAGUGGAGGCAGCUAAAGAGAAAGGUGAAGAAGGUCAGAAAGACAUAGAAUUUGCAACUAGUCUUGAUGAAGAGAUAAUUUUAAAAGCCCCGAUUGCAGCUCCUGAACCUGAACUCAAAACAGACCCAUCCUUGGAUCUUCAUUCGUUGAGUAGUGCAGAAACACAGCCUGCUCAGGAAGAACGCAGAGAAGAUCCCGAUUUUGAAACUAAGGAAGGAGGAGGACUUGAAGAGUGCUCUAAAAUAGAAGUGAAAGAGGCAAGUCCUGAAUCAAAAGGAGAAACAGAAACAAAAGCUUCCCAGAAAUCAAUCAGAAGACACAGAAACAUGCAUUGCAAGGUCUCUUUGUUGGAUGACACCGUUUAUGAAUGUGUUGUGGAGAAACAUGCUAAGGGACAAGAUUUGCUUAAGCGAGUGUGUGAACACCUCAAUCUUUUGGAGGAAGACUACUUUGGUCUAGCCAUUUGGGAUAAUGGAACUUCCAAGACAUGGCUGGACUCUGCGAAAGAAAUAAAAAAGCAGGUUCGUGGUGUCCCUUGGAAUUUCACAUUUAAUGUAAAGUUUUAUCCACCUGACCCAGCACAGUUAACAGAAGAUAUAACCAGAUACUAUUUAUGUCUUCAGCUUCGGCAGGACAUCAUUGCAGGACGCCUGCCCUGUUCCUUUGCAACCUUAGCAUUAUUAGGCUCUUAUACCAUCCAGUCUGAGCUGGGAGACUAUGACCCAGAACUCCAUGGUGCGGAUUAUGUUAGUGAUUUUAAACUGGCCCCAAAUCAGACCAAGGAACUUGAAGAGAAGGUCAUGGAACUGCAUAAGUCAUACAGGUCCAUGACUCCAGCUCAAGCUGACCUGGAAUUUCUUGAGAAUGCCAAAAAGUUGUCUAUGUAUGGUGUUGACCUUCAUAAAGCAAAGGACUUGGAAGGAGUGGAUAUCAUCCUAGGCGUCUGCUCCAGUGGCCUUCUGGUUUACAAAGAUAAGCUGAGAAUUAACCGCUUUCCUUGGCCCAAAGUGCUGAAGAUUUCUUACAAACGUAGCAGCUUUUUCAUCAAGAUUCGGCCUGGAGAGCAAGAACAGUAUGAAAGUACGAUCGGGUUCAAACUUCCCAGUUACCGGGCAGCUAAGAAAUUAUGGAAAGUCUGUGUAGAGCAUCACACAUUUUUCAGACUUACAUCUACAGACACCAUUCCUAAAAGCAAAUUUCUUGCACUGGGAUCCAAAUUUCGAUACAGUGGCCGAACCCAGGCUCAGACCAGGCAAGCCAGUGCGCUGAUUGACAGGCCUGCCCCACACUUUGAGCGUACAGCAAGCAAACGGGCAUCCCGGAGCCUUGAUGGAGCGGCUGUUGAUUCAACAGACCAAAGUCCUCGGCCCACCUCAGCACCAGCCAUUGCUCAGAGUCAGGUCACAGAAGGCAGCGCCCCAGGGGCACCCUCCAAAAAAACAGUGGUUUCUAAAACACAGAAGGAAACAGUGAAGGCUGAAGACAAAAUGGAAGAAGCACCACCUGAGCAAGCUGAACCAGAGCCCUCGGAAGUGUGGAAGGUGGAAAAAACCCACAUCGAGGUCACAGUCCCCACUUCAAAUGGUGACCAAACACAGAAAAAGAGAGAGAGACUAGAUGGUGAAAACAUUUAUAUCAGACAUAGCAAUUUAAUGUUGGAGGAUUUAGACAAAAGUCAAGAAGAGAUCAAAAAACAUCACGCCAGCAUCAGUGAGCUGAAGAAGAACUUCAUGGAAUCUGUACCAGAACCACGGCCUAGUGAGUGGGAUAAACGCUUAUCCACUCACUCCCCGUUCCGAACACUUAACAUCAAUGGCCAGAUCCCCACAGGAGAAGGAGUGAAGAAAACCUCUGUCCUUCUCUCGGAAAGAAAGGUUGGUGGGCCAGAGAAUGUAAAUGGCAUUCGCACUGAGGAGGUGGCUGCCGUGACAAAGGGGCCAUCUACCAACCCCGACUCUGAAUGGGAGGGCCCCACGCAUUCAUUAAUGCCUAGUAAGAGCCAAAUGACCACCCCGUCGGAGUCUCCGAAAAGCUUUGACUUGGGCUCCCUCUCCAUAAGCAGCAAGCAGACAGAAGAGAAGGAGCCAGGGGCAGCUGGCUCUCUUGAUACUAAGGAAAUGCCCCGAGGCCCCAGUGGGGAAUGUGUGGAAGCGGAGGAACAGGCCAGUGCCUUAAAGUCCUCAGUAUCACCAGCUUCCUCUCAGCUGCAACUUGGUGAAAAAAAGGCAGAGAGUAGUGAAGAACACGUUACACCAGGAGAGCCCCUUGGAAAGCAAAAUGGAUCGUUUCUUGACUCUCGUGUGGGUAACCAGUUCCCCAUCCUCAUUCGAAGUUUCCAGCCUCCCCUGGUGAAGACUCAAACUGUCACCAUCUCAGACACUGCCAAUGCUGUGAAAAGUGAAAUCCCAACCAAAGAUGUCCCUAUUGUCCACACUGAGACCAAGACCAUCACUUACGAGGCUGCGCAGACUGAGGACAGCAAUGGGGACUUGGACCCAGGAGUCUUGCUGACAGCUCAGACCAUCACCUCUGAGACCACCAGCAGCACCACCACAACUCAGAUUACCAAGACUGUAAAAGGUGGGAUUUCAGAGACCCGGAUUGAAAAGAGAAUUGUGAUCACAGGAGAUGCUGACAUUGACCAUGAUCAGGUCCUCGUACAGGCCAUCAAGGAGGCAAAGGAGCAACACCCAGACAUGUCAGUGACCAAGGUGGUCGUCCACCAGGAGACUGAAAUCUCUGAGGAAUGAACUCAGGAACUGUUUACCCCCGACUCCCUGCCCGUCUCCCAUCCAAGAGAAAACCAGCAAAAUGAUAAAGAAGCUAACCUGCAAUAAUCAGACUUCAGACUUUCAAGAUUAUUCUAACCACCAGAAAAUUGAUUUCAUUUUCUAUUUGGAAUUUAUACCAACAGAGUCUUCUAGAUGUCACUGAUCCUUUGGAAUACCUUUUUCUAUAUUGUGAUACCAGAAAUUGUUCAACUUUUCACUCUACGGACUGUUUUUAAAGAGCUUUUUGGUUUUUUUAAUGGGGUGACUUGUAACCCCUUCAGCCUGUCCUCUCCCCAUUUAUUUCCAACCCAGGUACUGACAGCGUCCACAGAAUUCUUCGGGAAACCCUCCAGACGCUGUCAGCUGUGUUGGGGGCCAAAGCAAGCUUACUGGGGCUGCCCUGCUCCCCGCCUAGUUUCAUACCCUUUGGAUGAUAGCAGAAACUUCACUAGCCAGCCCUCCCUCAGAACCAAUGACAUGACUUUCCCAGAAUGUCAGGCAGGGUGGCUGCCCUGAUCCACAGGCCCCAGGAAAAUGUCCCUGUCCUUCUAUGGAGGGUGGUUUGGGUGAGGCGGAGACCUCUGCUAAGAACGUAGUGUUGCUUUUCCUCCCUCCCUCCUGCUCUUUCUUUUUGGAGCUUCUUUAGAUCAAAGACAUCAGAAGUUGCUUCAGAUAUAUCUGAUACUGUGAAUGUUGGAACAGAUCCGUGGCCUUCACCUCCCCACCCUCCCUCCCUUUUACCUCGUCAGAAGCAGCGGCUCUGCUAAGUGCUCACCCCACCACCCGUCUCAGGAGACCAAAACUCACGGAGACAUAGGCACUUUUGGCCAAAGCACUAAUGGCACAUGUUUAGUGGUGAUUUGGGCAAAGAAAGCGAAUGAGGUUUUUGAAAGGUUUUCUAGUUCUGGGAAUGUGCACUUCACAUGGGAACGGUGGGGUUUACCUCAGUCAGAUCUUGCUCAGAAGUCCUUCCAGGUGACUGUCGCUGGGCCUCUUCUUUAAUCCUGGACGGUAGGGAAUGUGACUCGGAGAGGAGGGUGUGUACCGUGACCUGUCUUCUCCCCACCAGCACCCACCUGCCAACAAGGGAAUUGGCUUUUAGGGGCCAUCCUCCCCACAAGACCCCCACGUGCCAAGGGGUACAGCACCAGCUCUGCUCAUUCCCACUCACCAUCUGAGUCCGUCAGGUUUUGUAGGCUUGGAUUUAAUGGUGAGUUUGGCUUUAAUUUUUUUGUGUGUUGUUUGGGUUUUGAGAAUGAGGACUGGUGUCCCCAAUUCUACCAUCCCUCGUACAGAUUUGGGGGCAUUUUUAUUCAGUAGGGCUUCUCUAAUGUUCCAGUUUGCUUCCCACAAACAGAUCUGCCUGCAAGUUCUUAGAACCCUGAUUCUAGGACAGAAAUGAAUUCAUGAGGCAGACAGUGGGUCAGAGUCCGCAGUCCCAGGGGGCGUGAGGGCAGCGAGCAGAAGAGAAGCCUCACGCCUCUGCCGUCCACGAUGGGAGCCAGUGGCACGUGUCCACAGUGUCUACUGGCUGAAUUCUGUUUAGACAAACUCAGUUGGUUUGAACUGAUUUCAUAUGUGUGCAUUUUUCUUUUAGUAGUUACGUGAGAUUGUUAUUAACCAACAGGCAGCUUCUCUGGGAAAGGACAGGAAGAGCUCAGGUGGGAUGUGUGACAGGCUUGAGGAGAUUGUCCUAUCUCAGGAACAGACUUAAAGCCUGUGGCAUGGCGUCUGAAAUGAUGGGGUUUAUGUGGGUGGUGCCCAAGCCUGGGCUGUGUUGCCAGGAGUGGUGGUGAGGUUAGAAGUCCAGCUCACAUCAAAUGAGCAUGUAACAUGAACUCCCUUGCCAGUGGCCUGCUGGCCUGCUGAAAGCUACUGUGGCUCCCAAAGCUGAAACCUGUGGAAUGAGGAGGAUGGGGGAAAGCAACAGGGCACCGUGCUUUAGAAAUCCGGCAGACUGCAUGUUCUGUGCCGUGCAGAGCAGUGUGGCAGCUUUCAGAGCACAGGACCAUGCAUUGGGGCCGAACCUUUCCCUCAGCUCCAUGACCAACUCAUUACACGUCUCCUCUCUGCUUCCUUGUCUAUAAAUUGGACCAGAAGAUCUAUAACGCCCUUCCAGCGCCGAGAAGCCAUGAUUUGGACAAGCUAGCAACGAGGGGUGUCCUUCCAAGCCUCUCCCCCUUUCCUUCCUCUCUGGUAACAGAUCUUGGGGUUUGGCAAUAGUUUGGAUUUUUUUCUUCCUGCAAUUGUGUGUGUGUGAGAGAGAGAA